AUGGUACUAAAUUGUGUGACCAUUCCUAAAUUUUCAACAAUUUCAUGUUUCCUGGGAAAACUUUCUGUUACAGAUCUGCAGUGUCCACGUGUACUGCUGUACACGUACCGGGGUUCUAGAGGUCCUCGCAAGGCACAUCGCCUGGGCACUUCCGGAUGUUGUAAAAUUCUGAUCUGCUUUCUCCCACCCUUUUCCUUCACACAAUCACUGUCGCAUCUCCUUGUUUUUGCCCUACCUCUCUCCACCCAAAGGCACACACUUUCCUGCUGUCGAAGAAAUGAUUUUCCCUUUCGAUGGAAGGUGACAGCUUUUCUGAUCCUCGACGGCGUUCCGCCCGCCGUGGUCGUGGCGGUCGCGGCGGUACGCGAGAAACAACGCGCGGAGGGCGCGGCAGCCUGCGUGGAUCAAAACGCGGCGGUCGAGGUUCAUCUGGCCCGCGUCACGGUCGCGGAACCCCUAAAGCCCAUGCCACUUCGCGUCGUAAAUUAGAGAACCUCGGCUCAAACGCGUACGCGUAUCGAGAACCGGAACAAGAGGAAGAGGAUGAAUUCGAGUCUGGCAUUGACAUUGAGGAAGCUGCCCUCAAUUCUAUGGCAGACGACCCUUAUGCCGAUACGUACAAGCUGGACGAGGAUGCUGUUGAUGCACUGUUUGCUGUCGACUUGGGGGGAAUGGAAGCAGCGCUGCAGAGCGUCCCGUUGUGGAUCACGUUGGGAGAGGGGUCAAGGUUCACGUUGGGCAUUGCGGAGGAGGAUGUGGCUGAGAAUUAUUUGGAACCGUUCGAUCAUCCAAGAGGAGAGUCAGGGGGGAAACAGGGUGUGAAUACUACCAUGGGAGAUUUUUCUGAUGCGUUGGCGGGUCUUAACUUCGACAGCGACGACGAGGUAGUGAAAGAGAGGGCUUCUCGUGGGUGUGAUACUGGCGGACAAGAGCCAAGCAAACCCUCGUCAAAGGAGGCUUCAGAUAUGACCCCGAAUGCUAAGGCUACAUCUGCGAGUGCGAAUGAAGAUAAACCACAGAAUUCUGUGGCCGUUGAUAGUG